UGGUCUUUCUACGAUAUUCGUUCAAAGGAUAUUGAAAGGAAGAUUCCAAAAUACACAUGUAUACAUAUAUAUACUAUACUGUGUAUAUAUUCAGAACAUUUAAUUCACAUUGCUGUUAAUAUUUACAAGUGUUGAUAUCGACAGAAAUGACCGACUAUGAAAUGGUACACACAUUUAAUUAAAUCAGCUAUACGAAUAUUUGACGAAUUUUCAAAAUCUACUUUCUGUUACAUGAUGCUUCGUACUCAAAAAAUGUUUACCUAUUUUUACAUGAAUUUUUAAAUUAAUUUUUCAAACAUAAGUCGAACGAUUUUGAAAACAUGUAUUUCUACAAAUAGUAUUAUAUACAUACAGGAUAUAUGUAUGCAUGUGGUACUAUGCUAUUCUUGUUACGAUUUUUCAAACCCUUAUUUUUACAACAAAAAUGUUUUGAAUAAAAGUUAAGCAGAUUUCAACUGGCUACAAAUUGCGAUAUAAAAAAUUCCCCAAAAAAUUAUUUUUUGACAAAAAGCCCAGCUCACUUUGAUUUCUGUAAAUGACACUACGUAUUUUCGAUUUCAUACUGUUGUACCUGAUGUUAAGACGCAUUAUAUAUAUACUACUAUCAUACUAUGUUAUGGCAUUUGUAGGAAUUAAUGGAUUUGGAAGAAUAGGAAGAAUGUGUUUACGUGCUUGUCUUGAAAAGGAUGUUACGGUUAAGAUGAUUAAUGAUCCGUAUAUUUCAACCGAUUAUAUGAUAUAUUUAUUUAAAUUUGACUCGACUCAUGGUCCUUAUCCUGUAAAGCUGGAAUGUGAAAAUGGAUUUAUUAUUAUCGGAGACAACAAAAUAGCUACAUCUCAAGAAAAAAACCCAUGUAAAAUAAAUUGGAGAGAUGCAGGUGUAACAUAUGUAAUUGAGGCUACUGGGCUUUUUACUACCUUAGAAAAAGCAAGCUUACAUAUGGAUGGUGGAGCUAAAAGAGUAAUUAUUACCGCACCUUCUAUAGAUGCAUCAAUGAUAGUUUAUGGUGUAAAUCAUGCUUGUUAUGAUCCAAAAAAAGGUAAAAUAAUAUCAGCUGCUUCUUGUACAACAAACUGUGCAGCACCUAUCAUUCGAUUGAUGCAUGAUAAAUUCGACGUUAUUGAAGUAAUGAUCAGUAGCGUACACGCUUUAACAUCGAUGCAACGAACUUUAGAUGGGCCCUUAGAAAGAGGAAAGUUGUGGAGAGAUGGUAGGGGUGCUCUCCAAAAUAUUAUUCCGACGUCUUCAGGUGCUGCCAAAUCAUUGGAUAAAAUUAUUCCUGAACUGAAAGGCAAAAUAUCUGCUAUAGCCUUUAGAGUACCAAUUUCAAAUGUUUCUUUAUGUGACAUGACUUUUCGAGUUAAUAAACCGACAACGUAUGAAGAAGUGAAGGAAGCAAUGAAAACAGCGUCAGAGAAUGAUCUAAACGGUAUAUUAGGUUAUACAGAUGAUGAUUGUGUGUCAUCCGACUUCAAUAAGACAAGCUUUUCGUGUAUUUUCGAUGCCAAAGCUGGAAUUCCCCAGACAAGCACAUUCAUCAAAGUUGUUGCCUGGUAUGACAAUGAAUAUGGUUAUGCACAUCGUAUAGUGGAUUUGAUACAAUACAUGUAUCAAGUUGAUUCCGGUAAUAUACCAGUACCUGUGCAGGAGUUAGAUGAAAGUGAAGAUUAAUUACUUCAUUCAGUAACAAAAAUGUAUUAUAAGAUUACGUUUUAUGCAAGGUAAUCUUAAUAUGUAUUCUAUUCAUAUCUCCUAUUAAUUUAUGUAUCUCUUAUAAGUUUAAUCCCUUAUUAAUUUUAAACAAAAGAUCACU